AUGGACCGCCUUGUUGGAGGCGCCCGCGAGGGGGGCAAACACCACAUCCGGGUGAAUCCGAGCGAGGCCGAGGCCGGCUCUGGGUCCGACGCAGAGAAUGUCGUGAAAACAGGCCAGCUUGAAAUCGCCCGCCAGAACAAGCGCCAGAUAGGCAUCCCCUCGGCUGCCCUCCUCAUCUUCAACCGCAUCAUCGGCACCGGCAUCUUUGCCACGCCGGCCACGGUCCUCGCCCAGUGUGGCUCCCCGGGCCUGUCGCUCAUCAUCUGGCUCGUGGGCAUGCUCAUCGCCGCCGCCGGAACAGCCGUCUACUUGGAGUUCGGCACCGGACUGCCCCGCAACGGCGGCGAGAAGAAUUACCUCGAGUUCGUGUACCGCAAGCCCAGGUUCCUCACCACGUCGCUGUACACGGGCUACGUGAUCCUGCUGGGGUGGGCCGCCGGCAACUCAGUCAUCUUCGGCGAGUACAUCCUGCACGCCGCGCAGGUCGAGGUGACGCGGUGGAAUCAGCGCGGCAUCGCCCUGGCGUGUCUGACGACGGCGUUUUUGAUCCACGGCACGGCGCUGAAAUGGGGGAUUCGACUGCAGAACUUUCUGGGUGUCCUCAAGAUCCUCGUCGUCGUCAUCAUCGUCAUAUCCCCGCUGGUCAACCUCAAAAAGGUCAGGGAGAACAACAACUUCUCCAAGCCGUUCGAGGGAACGACCAGCAGCGCGUACGGCGUCGUCACGGCCCUGUACAACGUCAUCUGGAGCUUCGUGGGCUACAGCAACGCCAACUAUGCCCUCAGCGAGACCAGGAACCCAGCCAGGACGCUCAAGUUCGCCGCCCCGAUCGCCCUCGGCACCAUUUCCGUCCUGUACAUGCUCGCAAACGUCGCCUACUUUGCCGGCGUCUCGAGGGAGGAGAUGCUCGAGUCGAAGCGCCUGGUGGCGGCCUCGCUCUUCCGCAACAUGUUUGGACAGUCGGCCGAGCGCGCCUUGUCCGUCUUUGUUGCCCUGUCCGCCUUUGGCAACGUCCUGAGCGUCAUCUUCUCCCAGGGCCGCCUGGUUCAGGAACUCGGGCGCGAGGGCGUCCUCCCCCUGUCGCGCUUCUGGGCCAGCAACCGGCCCUUCAACGCCCCCCUCGCCGGCCUCUUCGAGCACUGGCUCGUCACGGCCAUCACCAUCCUCGCGCCCCCCUCUGGCGACGCGUACAAUUUUGUGCUCAACCUCAUUUCGUACCCGCUUGCCAUCGUCAACACCUUUGUCGCGGGCGGGCUGAUUCACCUCUACCGCAACCGGGCUCGGAGGAGCUGGAGCCCUCCCCUCAGGGCAACCCUCCCCGUCGUCGUCUUUUUCCUCCUGAGCAACAUUUACCUCGUCGUGGCGCCGUUUGUGCCACCCGAGGAGGGGCAGAGUGUGUAUGAGAGCCUGCCGUACUGGAUCCACUGCGUCGUCGGCUUUGGUGUGAUUCUGGCCGGAGGCGUGUAUUGGUUAAUCUGGGCUGUUGUCCUCCCCAAGAUCGGCCGGUACGAGCUGGUGCUGGAGACCGUCGUGGAUGACCUCGACGGAUGGGAACGCAGUUAUUUCUUUACUCGGCCGCUGGGAGACAAGGCCAAGAACACCGGGGAUCCUCACGAUUCUCCGUGA